AUGGUGGGAGUAAGUGCUACUCAUAUUAAAGGUGGGUUGCCAAUUUCUCGAAAAUUAAAUGGGCCUAUCUACGACCGUUAUGUUACUGAUUUCAAAAGUUUGUUGAAAGAAUUUCCGGAUUUUUUCAAACCCGUAGUGUUGGUUUUUUGUGAUGAUAUGUCACUAAUAAAUCUCACACCCUUCAAGCAAAAAUUGAGUGCUUAUGGAAUUAGACAUAAGAUAUUGGAUGUGACUUCCAAAAAAGAAGCUACCGAAAUUGUGCAAACUUUUGCUAGUUUUGGCGGUGACUCUCCUAAAUUAAUCUUUCUUGAUAACGCUUAUGAAGCCGGCAUUAACUUUAGAGUUUCUCCCCUUAACAUUUUAGCGACUGGAGUAGGUAGCAUGGAGAUAACACUUGAUGAAAAUGGAAAUAAGAAAACUGUUAUAGGAGAUUGCACAAUUGGUAGUUACACGCAGCAACGAGGAAGGACCUCUCGAAACUCAAAUGACCCACCAUCAGUUUUUGCAGCACUGUCGACAGUUUUUGGAAACUGA